AUGAACAACAUCCGUCAAGUCCAGGCGCUGAACAAGCGCGAGCUUGAAAACGCCGUACCCCCAGAAGCCUCCUGGCACGCCGACUAUCGAGAUACAGCCUACAUCUACAUCGGCGGACUGCCAUUCGACCUCUCCGAAGGAGACAUCCUCACCAUUUUCUCCCAGUACGGCGAACCGGUCCACAUCAACCUGAUCCGCGACAAGGACACGGGCAAGAGCCGGGGCUUCGCAUUCCUCAAGUACGAAGACCAACGCAGUACAGAUCUCGCCGUCGACAAUCUCGGCGGUGCGACCGUCCUCGGGCGAGUUCUGCGCGUGGACCACACCCGGUACAAGCGGCGGGACGAUGAGGAGGAAACGGACAACGUCGCGAAACUCAUCGGGGACUCGACCAGCAAGGCAGCUGCCGACGACCGGGAUACCGAUGACGAGCGGAGAAGAAGACGCAAGAGACGAACCAGCGAAUCACGAGAGGAAGAGCCCCGUCGACGCCCGAAGCUCAAGGAGGAGCUCGAACUGGAGGAGUUGAUCCUGACCCACGAUGAGGAGGACCCGAUGAAGGAGUUCCUCAUUGAAGAGAAGAAGGAGGAGGUUGCGCGAGCGCUGAAGGCGCGGUCAAUUGAAAAGUCCUCGCGCAGACGAGACAGC